AUUUCUUCCACCUCUCACCUCUCACCUCUCAAUCUCUCAUCUCUCAUCUCUCAUCUCUCACCGCCGAACCCUGUCCGCUCACAUGCCAACCUCGUCGACAUGAAGGAUCCUCAGGUGGCGUUACUCCGCAGUGACAUGUGUAGUUUCUCAACCUCAAGAACCGCGACCAUUUUACCCCCCCAAGCUAAUUCCGCCAGUUAGCAGUCCUGUUUCACUCGGGCACCCCGGUAUUGUCUCCGACACCUCUUAAUUUAGCGUCGGCCAACAUGCUCUGCUCACAAAUGGUCAGGAUGUUACAGCGCGAUUGAUCGUCUGAAAUUGCCAUCUUUAUGCCCGUCUAGUUCGAUGAUUCAGGCUAGGCAUGCGCCAAGUUCAGUUUUACCAGAACAUACGCAGUACGUUCGGCCGCUGGUGGCGCUCUUGAGCAACCCCCACUCCCGCUAAGCAGUAAGCACCCAGAUGAUUGCCGGCUUAGGGCUGAGUCAACAUCAAUCCAUCGCCUCUGAGCAUAUACAACAAUCACUCUGCUUUUAGCCCUGCCCUAUCAUUUCGAGGGAAUAAAGAACUUUGGCAUGUGACAAUAGAAUUCCAAUACCUUCCUCGCUCUACAAGAAGAGGAGCACCAAUAUCUACGUUGCGCAGUGGUUGUGCCCUUUGAUCCCUGCGCGCUGGUCACUUAAAACUAUGUAUGGUUGGUCAUUCCCCGGUCUGUUCGGCCCGAGCUCACAGAAUUGGGGUAAUAUCGAGCUACUUGGAAUCGUAGCCAACUCAACUGUAAAUAGGCUAUCUACCCAGACCGGGGGAGCAAAUUUAUCUGGGGAUGACAAUUUUUCAUGCCGACUUCGAUCAAAGCUGUCCUGUAGACGGCAUCGGUGGAGCCAUCCCCAAUGGUAAUUUUCAUCGAACCCGACCUCUUUUCUCUAAUGCUAUGUUCAAGGUCCAUAUAUCCCACAUAUCUGUAAUCAAAUUGCAGUUUGUCGGCUGACCUUCUCUUGGUUGCUUUAAUGGGACGCUUUGAGAAGGAUUCUAGAUCUGCUUGCCGCAGAGAGCUCAGUUGCCACUAACUGGAAUUUUGACGGGCAAGACCCCGAUGAAAAUUUGACACUGGCAUUGGAUUUUUCACGAUUCGUGACCAUUGUCGCACGUCAAGGUUGCAUCAUGUUCACCCACUCAAAAGUCAGGAUCGGAAGAACAGAAGACUCGGGCAAAAAUAAGUCAAAUGAGCGAGGCUGCUUGUGCUGUUUUUUUGGGUGCUGCUCGCGCUGACACCCCUGUGCGUUCUGUCAUGGGCAAUGUGCUGACCUCCCCCGCCUCCUACGAGCAGCAAUUCUCGACAAGGGCAUUUCCCCGCCUGUCCCCUGGACCUCAUCCCGCUCUCAUAGGAAUGCGCUCUGAAACCCGUUAUUACUACUCCGUGUUCAAUUUUUCUUUCUUCCAUCGCAAAUACAUCGUGAUGGAGAAUGUCAAGUGUUAAUGGGUGUCAACAUUACCGUCCCGUUUUAGUUCACCUAGAUGAGAGAAUUUACAGAAACAGCAACCACUUUUCUUUCGGCGAGAUGGAUCAAACUUGACCCAUCCAACGGUUCUUAUGCGCAUGGCGCUAAAGCACCCUAAUGAAGUGGCACUGACCCUUGAGUCUUCAGCCUGUGUUACCCCGUCUCAUACAACACCCCUUGGCCUGAGGCCUUGUCCGGGUUUUUACUCCUCUACAGAAGAUAUAAGAAAGAUCUUAUGGCCCCCGUGUCUGGUCCGUUUCCUAAAUGAAGAAGCAUUUAGCCUUCAAACAUCGUGUUGAUCCUCUUUGGCCGUAUUUUCGUUUUCGUAUUCCCCUUAUCUUCCGAUCUAUUCCCACCCCACAGCCUUCAAGGGUCUUAAGGGUCGGAAGCAGCGUAAACGUCUCCAACAAUGGUGGGCACCACCGAUGUCUCCCGUGUGGAGGCACCUGUUACGAUGAAGGCGUAUCUUAUGUGCGCUUUCGCUGCCUUUGGCGGCAUCUUCUUCGGGUUUGAUUCCGGGUACAUCAACGGAGUGAUGGGCAUGCCGUACUUUAUCGAACUGUUCACUGGGCUGAAACAAUCAGACUUCCCUGACGGCUCUUCUGAAUUCACCCUCCCUUCGUGGCAGAAAUCGCUCAUCACCUCCAUUCUGUCUGCCGGAACCUUUUUUGGUGCAAUCAUCGCUGGAGACCUCGCGGAUUUCAUUGGUCGCCGCACCACUGUUGUUGCGGGCUGCGGUGUGUUCAUUGUCGGAGUAAUACUUCAAACAGCAUCUACUGCGUUGGGGUUGCUUGUGGCUGGGCGUUUGAUCGCCGGAUUCGGUGUCGGCUUCGUCUCAGCUAUUAUUAUUCUUUACAUGUCAGAAAUCGCGCCCAAGAAGGUUCGAGGUGCUAUUGUAUCCGGCUACCAGUUCUGUAUCACCGUCGGCCUGCUGCUUGCUUCCUGUGUCAAUUAUGGGACUCAGAAUCGGCAAGAUACUGGUUCAUAUCGUAUCCCGAUUGCUCUCCAAAUGCUCUGGGCCCUCAUUCUAGGGAUCGGUCUCAUGUUGUUACCGGAGUCGCCACGUUACUUUGUGAAGAAAGGGAACAACAAAAGAGCGAGCGAAGUCCUUGCCCGGCUACGAGGUUAUCCCGCUGACUCAGAUUACAUUCAAGAGGAGCUGGCUGAAAUCAUUGCGAACCACGAAUACGAACUCCAGGUAGUUCCACAAGGCAGCUACUUCCAUUCUUGGCUUAAUUGCUUCCGUGGCGGUCUAUCUAAACCUUCUAGUAACCUGCGCCGAACCAUCCUGGGAACCUCCUUGCAGAUGAUGCAACAGUGGACUGGUAUCAACUUUAUCUUCUACUUUGGAACAACAUUCUUCCAGGAUCUCGGCACCAUCGACGACCCAUUCUUCAUCGGUCUCGUUACUACUCUUGUUAAUGUGCUCUCGACUCCAAUCUCUUUCUGGACUAUUGAGAGAUUCGGUCGCCGCCCUUUGCUAAUUUGGGGUGCAGUUGGCAUGUUUACUUGCGAGUUCAUCGUUGCGAUCAUGGGAGUGUCGAAUGGAGACGACCCCCGGGUGGUCAAAGCUAUGAUUGCGUUUAUCUGCAUCUAUAUUUUCUUCUUCGCCAGCACGUGGGGCCCCGGCGCAUGGGUCGUCAUUGGCGAAAUCUUCCCUCUGCCAAUGCGUUCCCGCGGUGUUGGUCUUUCGACGGCCUCCAACUGGCUGUGGAACUGCAUCAUCGCUGUUAUCACUCCGUACCUGGUCGGAACCGACAAGGGCAACCUCGGCACCAAUGUCUUCUGGCUAUGGGGCUCCCUCUGCGUCUGCUGCUUCGUCUACGCCUACUUCCUCGUGCCGGAAAGCAAGGGGCUUACUCUCGAACAAGUCGACCGUAUGAUGGAAGAGACUAACCCACGUACCUCUGCCAAAUGGAAACCGAGCACUACCUUCGCGGCCGAGAUGGGCCUAACGGAAAAGAACGCUGCCUUGGAAGCAGUUCAGGUCACCGCCGAUAAGGAGAACGUUUAAAUUAAAGACACAAGAAAGUGAACGGAACACCUAUACUUAUAGCUACAUAAGCCACUGCGUUUCCCCUAUACCCGUUUUAUUCGUUAUUUUCCCGCAUUCUUCUGGAAGUUUGUUCGUUUUUAAACACCAUCCCCCCUCCCCCCCUGCGAAGAUUCCUUCCUAUGUUUUGCGACUGAGUGCGUCUAUACAUAUUGCCCACAUCUCCAUAAUUCGUUGGUAAGCCAACGAGGUCAGGUUCUGACAUGGGGAUUGGACACACCUGCUUCUAAACGAACGAGUAAGGUGGGUGAUAUAUUAUAUGCAUGUAUAUACACGUGGAGACGUUUUCGCUCCCCUUGGAAGUACACACUAUCAUACCCCCAAUGCAAUGAAAUUCCCCUAUGAACUGUUAAGAACACUUAAAAAAGGUUGCAAGAAUCAUAUCUAAGUCAGACGUGAGGUCCCGGCGCGGUUCUGCUUCCAAAUCUUCACGGCAGCUCGUGUACCAUAGGCCGGGGGUGGUGGCUCCGAUCACUUGCUGUGCUGUCCUGGUAGUGCUUUGGAUCUGGGUGAGGCUCAUAUACAGGGCGCCGGAUAUCUCGUCAGCUGGGAGCUGGUGCAGCGGUCCAGGGGCCAGCUUUGCGAGGUAAUAUAGAAAAUUAAACCAGGCGAUCGCGAGAUUGUCGCACCUAACUACUCCGUAUGCUAUUUAGAGAUUGUCAAAUUUCUACAGAGUAGGCUGC